AUAUUAUCUUCAACAAGCAAUACAUGAAACACACGACGUCUUUACGACGCUAUUUUAUAGUCUUUGUCAAACAUGUAAAUACGUAUAGCAGAAAAAAACAAAAACAACGUCUUAAACACGCCUUUUAAGUUUUAUCUUCACCAACCCAAACCGAUGUAGGCUAAUCUUCAUGAUGCCGCAACCGUGAAUAUAUUCAGGCCGACGAACGAUUUGGUCCGCAUCGCGUGUUUAAUUGACCUAUCGCCGUUUGCCAGCCGCCCCCCCCUAGAUAACCUUACGAAAGUCUCGGAUGUUGCACGUUCUCACUAGAUUUUCCCGCAAAAUGUCAAUUCCCGCCAGAAAUCAAACUGGCAUAUUGCCAAAUCCCGCCUGCAGGUAACUGUUCUGUUUGCCUCAUCUAUUUGUAAAGAGGGGUUUUUUGAGAUAGCACUGCAGCAAAUGUCCAUUUUACAGUGAAAUUUUAACGUAACAGGAAUCGUGAGUGUGCUUCAUUGCACAUGCAUGUGCAUUAUGAUUAUAUUGAGUGCAACGACCCUUAACCCCCUCCUCCGAUUUAAAAUGACAUAACAUUACAUUACCCCCUACAUUUAGAACGGACGAUUUUCAUGCAUAUGCUCGCAGCGAAUGGCUUAAAAAACCUUAGCAUGCGAACCGCGCCAUAUGGCUCUGGCCUAGUCUUAGCUGGUUCCAGCCUUUCGAUGAGACUCUGAGCAAGCCGACUGGAACCAGCGAUGGCAAAGACUGAGGCUAUGUCCAAAACAGGCUUCUGGAACUACGGUUAGGUCUAUUGCCUUUGGCGUCUACACAAAUUUCCAAUGGAGUAAGGAUCUUCAGGUCAGGGAACCAGACUACUUCAUGCUUUGAGUCGACAAUGAUUUGAAUAAAAUCGAAAUUAGUUCGCCGUUUCGAGUAUUGCUACACAAGCAGCAAGUGUCCUCCAAAGAAGUUCCCAAAGAAGAGUACGACAGGUUAGGCCCUUCCUUACUUUUACAAGGUUACUCGGGCAAUGGCUUAUUACAAGACCUGGCGCAGAUGUCGGGCUGAAGUCCUUACUCUAGCUGCAAACAGUAGUGGUGAUGAGGACAACCAGCCCAUCUUUACAGCAUCCCAAUACCCCAGUGGAGAUGAACACGAAGAUUUUAACGAUGCUUUACCACAGCCAGUACAGGCAAACAGUUCUGAUAAUGGAAGUGGUGACUCUUCAACAACGCUAGAAUCUGAUUUAGACUCAGAUUUGGAAGAUUACAUGUAUGACUCGUCAGGAGAGUCUGAUAUCGAAAUAGAUACAAACGACACACCCACAUUAGAUGACAAACUCCGAAAAUGGGCAACUGAAAAUAAUCUCACUCGUGCAUGUGUAAAUGGACUGCUUGUAAUUUUAAGGCAUGAAGGACUCAGGCUUCCAAAAGAUGCACGCACACUUCUCAAAACGCCAAGAAAUGUUGUUGUUGCGGAGAAAUGCGGAGGAGAAUAUGCUUAUUAUGGAGUGGAAAGAUACAUAACUAAAACUUUGGUAAAGCAAGAGAACUUUGUUGAGGAAAGGAACUUGAUAUCUCUAAAGAUCAACAUUGAUGGAAUACCAUUGUACAAGUCAUCGAAAGACCAAUUUUGGCCCAUACUUGCAUCAUUUGGCAAUUUUCAUCCAGGUGUUGUUGCGCUGUUCCGUGGCAAAACCAAGCCAGAACCUGUCGAGCAUUUCCUACAAGAUUUCAUUCAUGAAUAUUCAACUCUUGUUGAUGAAGGCAUCACUUAUGAUGAUAAAAAGUUUGCGGUACAUGUCGAGGCUUUCAUAUGUGACGCCCCUGCGAGAUCAUUUUUGAAAUGCACGAAAGGGCAUUCUGGAUACCAUGCCUGUGAAAGAUGUACAGUGAAAGGGGCCCAUGUUGGUGGAAGAAUCACCUAUGACACAGUUGAAGAAACUGCUUCAAGGACUAAUGACCAGUUCCUUGAAAUGGCCUAUUCACCAGAUCACCAACUUCAACGAUCACCGUUGAUUGAGAUAGGAUUCCCAUGUGUAACGUCCUUCGUGCUGGAUUACAUGCACCUGGUAUGCCUUGGGGUCGUUCGAAGAAUCUUAAUUUACUUGAAAAAGGGACCCCGGAAAUGCAAACUGUCCCAACAGCUUCUGAACAGAAUAUCAGAAAAGUUGUCUUUUCUCAACGGACAACUACCCUCGGAGUUCGCAAGGCAACCUCGCUCACUGGACGAUUUAGAACGAUGGAAAGCCACAGAAUUCCGCCAAUUUGUUUUGUAUACCGGUCCUCUUGUGUUAAACGGAAUUGUAGAUGACAAUUUGUACGUACAUUUUCUCACUCUCACAGUUGCCAUUUCUAUCUGUUUGGAUACUCAUCAUGAUAAGCGAAAUGAGUAUCUUCCCUAUGCUCGACAGUUGCUAAACUACUUUGUUGAAAACUGCCAACACAUCUAUGGACCUACAUUCAACGUCUACAAUGUGCACAGUCUGACCCACUUGUGUGAGGAUGUUGAUCAUUUCCAGUGCUCCCUUAACGAACUGUCUGCAUUUCCAUUUGAGAGCAAAUUGAACAUUGUCAAAAAACUGGUGAGAAAUGCACAUAAUCCUAUUGCACAGGCCACAAAACGAAUGAUGGAAUCAGAAGAAGCUGGGGCAGAUAAAGCAGUUCAUCGAAACCACCUACACAUUUCUGUCAAGAGAAAGGACAGCUGUUUUUUGUUAAGAACAGAACAAUUUGCUUUCGUUAAAGAAAAACGCAAUGAUGGACACUGGGUUUGUGAUAUCACAAGAAAACGACAUCUACAAAAUUUGUUUACCCGGCCUUGUCAGUCCAUGCUGUUUAACAUUGCAUUCAUUACAAACGAUAACAUCGGGAAUUGUAGGAGACAGAUUCUUCAUGAAGAUGAACUGUACCACAAGGGCAUUUGUCUGGAAUACAAUAAUGGUUUUGUGUUGAUGCCAAUGCUGCAUGGUCAAGGAAGACGAUAACAUGUU